UUUGUUUGUUUAAAUAGUAUCGCUCCGAGUCAGAAGAGUUCAGAAGAGUUCAGAGUAUACACUGUAAUAGGACAUGUCGUACAUCGCCAGACCAGACAGCUGUCCUAAUGGCGGGGUGGCGUGAGGACGGGCGAUGUAUCCCCGAACGCCAUGUUGUGCUGGUGUCGGCCUUCCUUACCAUGUUCUUUGGCUCGAGUCUGAUGUCGGCAACAGGGAUAAUUCACAUCGCUCUGCUGGAUCUCUUUCAGGAAUCCAUUCCCGUCACUACCUGGACCGGAGCACUUUUCAACGCCUGCUUCUGUCUAGGGGCUCCUUUGGCCGGAGUGGUAAUCAAUACAGUAAGCUGUCGUGCGUGCAUCAUCUGUGGAGCUGUACUUAACCUAAUAGGAUUUGGAGUGUCCAGCUUGGCCAGCAACAUAUACGUCCUGUAUAUCACUUACGGAAUAAUAGCGGGUACCGGUCAGGCGUUCGUUUACACUGGCUCUUUCGUAGUGGUUGGUUUUUACUUCGGAAAGCAGAGAAGUUUAGCUACAGGAGUAGUGGUGGCAGGAUUUGCUGUGGGUAUGGUAGUCUUUCCGUCCCUCACUCAGAUCCUUGUGGACGGGUAUGGCCUAAAGGGUACAUUCCUAAUUUUAUCAGCUGUUGGCUUUCAGACGUGUGUGUUCGGUACCAUUAUCGCCCCGGGCCGGACAGAACGGGCGUUAUACUCCGAGGCACAGAGACGGAGGGAAAUAAGUAAACCUUCCCUGUGUAAACGAUUGUUUGAUGAUGCAAGGAUAUUGGGUAAAAUGUCGUUUCUUAUUUUCUGUGUGAGCAUAUUCUUAUGGUGUAAAUCUUUAUCUAUUGUCACUUUGUAUGUGACGGAUUUUUAUCAUUCAACCGGAUCAAGUAUGGUGGAAGCUGCCUUUCUGACGUCAUUGAUUGGGAUAGGAAGCAUAAUAUCACGUGUUCUGGUUGGAAUUGCCGCCGUUGACGGUGGUGUAGACCGGCAGUUAUUGUACUUUGGAUCGUACGGAGUGAUUGGUGUGCUGACCUUGACCUCACCAUUUUAUUGCACGAGCUACUGGAGCAAGGCCUGCUUCUCCUCCCUAUUUGGCCUCUAUACGGGAGGAUCAUGGACACUACUCGGUCCGAUCACCGUGGAACUAGUAGGGAUUCAAAACCUGGCCAGUGGGUUUUCUAUUGAGAUGGCUGCUGCUGGACUUGGCUUCCUGUCGGGUCCAAUUAUAUGUGGUUACAUGAUGAAUGGAAUGGACAAAUUUAGUUACGUAUUUGGGUACGCAGGAAUGAUGCAUUUUCUUUCAUUCUUCUCUGGGCUGUUAAUGGCGUUGUUCACGCAACAGGAUUCGAAGGCCAGAGUUUGUCAAGAUCAGAAGCCAACACUGACGUCCGAGAAAGUGGAGGACAUUGUUGUUUUAUACGACACCAAUGCAGAAAAGAAAGCAUUCCUUACAGAGUCUACAGACCAUAGGAGUCAAUAACCUUUGACCUUUGAUACAGGCGUGCCACUGAUCUCUCCCAGGGUUCCAUGCGCUGUUCCUGUUUUCCCAUGUUUUUUACGCUCUAAACCCUUGGAGAUCUUCUUCUUCUCCUUUAGGUGUAGGGCCUCCAUCAAUAAUGACGAUUAUGCCCUCGAGGUCCUAUCACAGAGGCGUGAAAAAGGGGUUAUUUACAGUGAUUAGUUUUUGGGGGGGGGGGGGUUGUGUUAGUGCAAGGUAUGGAUAAAAAGAUAAAAGCUGCGUAUGUUUUAGCGUGUGGUAAGGGCUUCAAGGGCUGCAUAGGGUAUGUGUGCCUUGAUAAGUCCUCUAGUUUUGUGCAUUGUACUGCUGCUAUUGGAAGGAGAUUCCAUUGUGUAAUUGUGUGUGGAGAGAAUGAAUAUGUGGUCCCUAAAGAAGAAGAAUGAAUAUGUGUAGCAGAUAUGUGUGUGUAUGCGUGAGGGUUUGCAUCUCUGGUUUGAGGUCUACGGGUGUGAGUAUAUAUGUUGGGUUUAUAGCUACGAUUUGGUGUACAAUGUUGUAAAAAAAAAAAGGAUCAUUCUUGUGUGAAAGCGCCGUGUUUGUAGUGUUGGCCAUUGUAGUUGUGGAUCAUAUCUGUUACGGAGCUAGUGUUGUGGUAUCUGUUGUUUACGUAGCGUGCUGCUCUUCGUUGUGUUUUUUUCUAUUUGUUUGGUGUGUGUUGUGUGGAUCCCAAAUGGAAGAGCAGUAUUCGAGUUUUGGUCUGACUCGUGCUUUGUAUGCCUGUUCUUUUAUAUGUGGUGAGUUUAAUUUAAGUUGCGUUUUAGAAGACCUGGGGACCUAUUGGCAUUAGCUGUGAUGUUGUUAAUAUGUUUGUCCCAUCGUAGGCUAUUGUUGUAAUGUUAAGUCUAAGUAUUUGCUGGAUUCUAAUUGGUGUAAAGUGUGGUUGUGAAGUUUGUAGUCAUGUUGUAUUUUGUUGCCUUUCGGUGUAAUGUUGAGUAUAUUGCAUUUGUCAGGGUGAAAUUUCAUUAACCAGUCCGUCUCACAUUGUCCUGCUGGACUACAGGGGUUACUAGAUAAUCGGGUCUGUUAAAUCCCAGUUGUUUGCAUUUUUAUAUCAAGUUUAUAUAUACAGUUAACAUGCAGGAGUUUGUUUUUAAAUAAUUAAAUGCUAACACGUCUACCUUGGACGAAACUGAAUCAAUAUGCAUGGUAUGUUCGCAGACCGAUUUUUAACUCAGAAAGGAGGUUAAAUUAAAAAGCCAUUUAAUUUCAUAUUAUUUAUUAUGAGCGUUUCGCUGUAUUCAAGUAAAAAAAAAUCAGAAAUAAUUCAUUAUAAACAAUUUGAUAUACAUCAUACUGGAUGAUUGCUGUGAAUGACUUAAAGACCAUAAAUUAAAUGAGAAAGUUAACUUGGUAUAUACUUUAUUUAUCACUUAUAUAUUUCGGCAGCAUCAUUAGGUGAAUAUUUGUUUGUCUUCACAGGAAUACCUGUAGAUGCAUUUGUAUCUCUUUGUUUUGGGGGUAAACCUAACAAGUAAGCGAAAAUAUGCCACAUGUCUUUCAUAUUUGAUAUGUGUCGUAUUGAUUUAUCUCCACGUUAUAUUCCCCGGCUCAUAGUGUCACGGUGUCAGUCAUGUAAAUAGAAGCGUGUCAAUUUUGUAACUUAGCAUGCAGAAGUGUAUUCGGCAUCGCUGUGAUAUUAUUGCUCGAAUGUCAGUAUUGGGAUAGGACGAUGAUUAUAUACGAGACUGAUAUAACGUAAGUGUAUGUGUACGAUGAACGCUCAGCGGUGUAGUGUAUGAAGGGAGAUAACCAGGUAACCGUUGCGGUAAUGGCUGCGUGUGUUGUACCAAUCGGGAACCGUCGGCACUUUCCGUAAACGAGAAAAUAUCGACGGUUCCCGAUUGGUGUUGUACAGGUUCAGUACUUACCUCCUUUCUCUAUGUAAGAAUUCGGUUUUAUAGAGUCGAUGAUUGAUCAAUUUCCUUCUCAUUAUGCGCUGUUGUAUUUUGUAUGUGAUGGCUAAUUUCUACACUAGCGAAAAACUAAAGACACUUUCUAAGUUGUGUAACCAUUUGUUUUUCAUACCGAUGCUGUGAUUAUGUACAUAAAGAAUGUUUGUGUAAAUUAAGAGAAUAAAUGACGGUUUAUGUAUAAUGCUAUAAUGCCACUCAUGUAUAUGAACCGAGUAAACUUCGUUUCGGUUUAUAAGACUAUGAACCGAAUUGAGUAGUAAUAGGAACUACAAUGUAUGAACCUCAUCGGGAAAGCAGUUUAAAGUUUACACGUAACCAAAAGUCGAAAACUGAUCGUGGGCUGGGUGUACACACCCUUUGUGUCUUUACUACUCAGGAACCGGAUGUGCUGUUAACUUGUUGAUUGUUAAGUAUUAUAUAUAACGAAGUAAUAUAUUUAACUGUUAACGUUGCAAUAAAGUUGUUAUUUCUG